CCGGCGGGCAGGCAGAACUCGAACACCGGAAGUGUCACAGCUUGUUGAAAACGGAAGCGGAAGCACAUAUUGUUGUGUUCAGAGUGAACGUGCGGAGAAUUUUUAACGUUGUAAAAUUUCGCUGUUUUUGCACCCCCAUCACACACCAACGGGUCCCAUUACAGUUUCAUCUCUGUUCCAAGAUGUUUAACAGACAGACGAGCCUGUGGAUGGGUGAUUUGGACCCAUACAUGGAUGAGACCUUCAUCAAGCAGGCAUUUAGCGCCAUGGGAGAGUCACCGUUUGGAGUCAAGAUCAUCACUCACAGGAUAACGGGGGGUUCAGCUGGAUACUGCUUUGUGGAGCUGGCAGACGAAGCAAGUGUUGACCGGUGUGUCCAAAGACUGAACGGAAAACUGGUUCCUGGCUCAAACCCGCCUCGGAAGUUCAAGCUAAACUAUGCCACCUACGGCAAGCGGCCAGAGGCGGGGCCGGAGUACUCAGUGUUUGUGGGCGACUUGGCCUCCGAGGUGGACGACUUCCAACUGCACCAAGUUUUCAAGAAGUACCCUUCCUGCAAGGGGGCCAAAGUAGUCACUGACCAGUACGGAUACUCCAGAGGUUACGGCUUUGUCAAGUUUGGGGAGGAGGGCGAGCAGAACAAGGCGAUCGAGGAGUGCCAGGGUACGAUGCUGGGGGGGAAGCCGCUCCGACUCAGCGUGGCUGUGGCAAAGAGCCAGAAGAUGAGCAACUACCACGGGGGCCAGGGCCAGAAUUACCAUAGCAACUACAACCAAUCCCAGUCCAGCUACUACAGCAACCAGGGAAGCGGAGGUCAGGGAGGCUACUACGCUCAGUGGGGCGCCUAUGACCAGUACAGUGGCUACAACACCGGCUACAACACCGGCUACAACACUGGCUACAACUACAACUAUGCGCCCUACGGGUACCCCCCACCCGGUCACAUGAUGCCACCACCUCCAAUGGGGGUACCGCCCAUGUCCACCGACGUCUCCGGAGCUGUGGAGCAGGGCCACGAGGAGGCUGGGGAUAACGAGGAGGAUAAUUCAGAAGAGCCCAUACCUGAAUGUGACGUGGAGCAGUGGAACAAAGAUUUUAUGCAGCGCAGCGAGGAGCUCUACGACGCCAUGAUGAACUGUCACUGGGAACCCCUGGACUCUGUGAACUCCCCCAUCCCCUCCCUCUCCUGAUGAAUCUCCUUCUUCUGGUCCCUCUGCAAACCUUAAAUAUUUCAUUUUUCAUGAACUGUUUUUAUUUUUUUUGUUUACUUCCCUUCUACCAUGAUCGAACACCACCUUAAAAAGGCCAGUUCAGUUCACUGUCUCAGUACUAACCUAAGCCUGACUGAAGGCUGAGAGUGCGUACAUGUACACGUUCCUCUUCAAAUAAUCAAAGUACACACACACCUAUUCACUUGAUUUUAAUGUUUACCAUGUUGGUAAUAUCCAAGAAGUUGUUCAAUAAUCAGAUGUUACUGUGUAGUGCAUACUAUUUUGUAUGACCUCAAUAAACCAGAGCUAAAAGCUUUAGGAUGAAGUGCAGAAGAAGUCUUCUCUGCUGUUGACUGGCACGCAGUAGCUGUAGCAUUAGGAACCGAAUGUCCCGUGUCCGUAUCUCACCAUAUAACAUCACGGAGGAACAAACUCCAUUGGUUGUUACUUUUUGUCGAUCCACCAGCAAAAGGUAACUUCGCUCAUUGGAUGUGGCCCUGACUUUUCACGGACAGAAAGAAGAGAUUUGUCUUCUGAAGACAAAA